AUGGACGACCAGUUUGGUGGACGAACCGACGACGAUCUGUUCUACGAUGACUUUGAACCUGUCGACAGCGCGCCCAUCGUGGUAGCUGACACGCCCAGCACGGUACAGUCGAUGCUGACGACGCCGCCGACGAUGACAGCGCCCUCUGUCCAACCUGACCGGCCUCCAGUCGCGCCGCGCUCGAAGCCAAAUGGCCUUGCCUCCUCACGCUUCGCCAACCAACCCGACACACCGCCGGCGGCGGCAAAGACAAAGAAUAGCGGCGGCGGCAGAAAUCGUGCCAAGGCCUCGAUCCCAGAUUCAUCAUCCCCCGCGCCCGCAUCGGCGUCCAUGCCCUCGUCCGCGCCGCAAAGCGAAACCGACACACCCGCCGCAACCUCCUCGCCACCCAGCACGACGAAGCCUGCCCGGCCAGCCGGCCAGCCGGCACCGGCACCGGCACCGGCACCGGCCACUGGGGCGGCUCCCCCCUCGUCGCGGCUGCGAUCCGGCGCCAAUCCGCGCCAGAAGCCGACCGACACCGAGCUCGCGGCCAAGAUGGCCAGGAUGAAGCUCCUCGCCGCCGAGCAGACACGCAAGUUCGAGAUGGCGGAGAAGGAUCAGAAGCAGCACGAGCAGGCCUACGCCCGCGGCAUGGAGGAUGCCCGCAAGCGCCGCGCCGAGGAAGCCGAACGUCGUCGCCGCGGCGAGGAGGACAGGCGUCGGCUCGACGACGAGCGCGCCAAGAACAGGGAGCGCAAGCUCAAGGCCAUGAGCAUGAAGGAGGGCGGCUGGGACGAGGGCAAGGAUGCCCAGGCCGCCGAGGAGGGGAGCAGGCGAGCCUUUCGGGGCGCCAACGGCUCCAUCCGCGGCACGAGGAGCCCCGCCGGCCUGGCCGGGUCUCGGUACCACGCCGUGGAUGGUGGAGAGCAGCAGCAGCAGCAGCACGACGUCGAUCGUUUCCUCGAAGAACGUCCUCGCGGACGAGGUCGCGGUCGUGGAGGUCGUGGCGGCGCCGGGAGAGGGCGCGGCGGUGGCGGAACACCACCAUCGACGUCGACCAAAGCCCAGGAGGCGGCCCCUUCGCUCACGAAAGAUGAGUUUCCCUCCUUGCCGUUGGGUACGCAGAAGCCUGCGGUGGACGAAAAGGGGCCCGCCAUCGCCGCCAUGCCAGAGCUGCCCAAGCUUCCUGCCAUCGGAAAGUGGGACGAUGAGGUGGAGGCGAUGGAGGAGCUCAAGAACAAGCAGCUGUGA